UGAGACCGUGAGAGGGCGGAACUAGCAUGGCUGGUGUGCCUUCCGUCACCACAACCUUCCCCGUCCGGCGAGGUGAGCGGAAGCUCGUGUCCCCCUCGAGGCCGACGCCCUACGAGUUCAAGAUGCUCUCCGACAUCGACGACCAGGACGUGCUCCGCUUCUACCGUUCCGGCGCCUUCUUCUACCGGAGCAGCGCCUCCAAGGCGGGGCUUGACCCCGCGAAGGUGAUCCGGUCGGCGCUGUCGGAGGCGCUCGUGCACUUCUACCCGCUCGCCGGCCGGUUCCGCGAGCUCCGGCCCACGAGGAAGCUCGUGGUGGAGUGCACCGGCGAGGGGGUCGUGUUUGUGGAGGCCGACGCGGACGUCCGGAUGGAUGACCUCGGAGACUCCCUUGCGCCGCCCGUGCCGUGCUAUGACAAGCUGCUGUGCGAACCCGAGUCCCCCACAGCAGAUGUAAUCGAUCGUCCCCUGCUCUAUGUUCAGGUGACGCGACUGAGGUGUGGUGGCUUCGUCUUCGGCUCCCAGAUAUGCCACUGCAUAGCCGACGGAACCGGGAUUGUCCAGUUCCUGACCACGCUAACCGAGUUGGCACGGGGCGUGCCCGGCGCGCCUACCCUCUGCCGCAGGCCCUUCCGCUACGCGCUGCAGCUGCUGGCGGAGGCCAAGGCCCGGGCGUCGCGGGAAGGCUACGUGCAGUCGGUGGCCGGCUUCAACGCGGCGCGCAGGAGGCCGCCGUUCCCCAAGGCGCGGUCGUACCUCAUCUCCGACGUUACUAACGCGGGGCUGCUGGCGGUGGACUUCGGCUGGGGGAGGCCAGUGUACGGAGGGCCGGCCACCAUAAUGCUGGCCUCGUUCCACCAGGAGGGGAGAAACGAGGCCGGUGAGCCAGGAAUCCUCGUGCCGAUAAGGCUGCCGGCUUCAGCCAUGGAGAGGCUAAAGCAAAACGUCAGGAAGGAGCUGGCGGGCGCACACGUUGACGACGUAGAAACGGCUGCGGACGAGACAAACUCAAACAUGCAUGGGGGCGGUGUUUUGGCCAAACUCUAGUUGUUCAGCUGAUGUUUGAUGGGCGAAA